CCAGUCAGCCUGCAGGCAGCAGCUCUAUACUUUCAGACAGCCAGUGUGUGUCGGGGAGAACAUUGCUGCCGUGUUUCUGUGUUUGCGUGUGUGUAAUAUUAUAUGUGCGUGUUUGCGUGUGUGAGUGUAUGUGUGAGUUAGUGGUUAAAGCAGCCUCUUAGGAUGAGAGGCAGAGAGAGACAGACGGUGUUGUGAUUGAGAGUUGGCAACAUCGCCUCUCUGCCGCCUCACCCAGUCCUCAUCCUGCCCUCCUCUCCUCUCUCUUUCCUCUGGCUCUGAUCUACAACACCGCUGGGAUGUCUUCUUCUCCAGGAUCCAUGGACGGCAGCCAGAGGAAUAGCUCAAAGAAGGUGCCACCCCAGGUGAAGGAGGCGGAGCCUGCCCAGGUGAAGCCAAAGGAGGUGGAGCCUGGCCAGAUGAAGCUAAAGGAGGCGGAGCUUGCCCAGGUGAAGAUGAAGGAGAGGCAGAAGUUCUUUGAAGAGGCAUUCCAGCAAGACAUGGAUCAGUACCUGUCCACCGGCUACCUGCAGAUCAGUGAGAGGAGAGGAAGCUUUUCGUCCAUGGAGGUGAACGUGGACAUGCUGGAGCAGAUGGACCUGUCUGACCAUGAGAGCCUUGACGUCUUCCUCCUCUCUGGGGGAGAGGACAACAGCGCUGCCUCCCCCAUGCUAGGUCCAGAUGUUGACUCGUUAACCACAGAGAUCACCCUGCAGGUUCCCACCCAGGCUGAGCUAGGAAACAAGCUGUCCUCCCUCUCCUCCACAUGCACUGACAGCCAGGACACCGAUGCUGGGGACGAUGACGAAGAGGAUGAAGGGGGCAGGGAGGACAGCAGCCACCGUCCUGUUGGGGUGCAGAGGUUCCCCACAACACUGUCCUAGCAGAGAGGCCACCACCCCCCACCCAGAAGCAAGACACUUAAACACUUUGAGGACAGCAGCUCAGGCCACAUAAGGGUCAGAGUAGGAGCUAAGACACUGAACAUACCGAAACCCUGAGAGGAUGGGAGCUAAGACACUGAACAGACCGAAACCCUGAGAGGAUGGGAGCUAAGACACUGAACAGACCGAAACCCUGAGAGGAUGGGAGCUAAGACACUGAACAGACCGAAACCCUGAGAGGAUGGGAGCUAAGACACUGAACAGACCGAAACCCUGAGAGGAUGGGAGCUAAGACAUUGAACAGACCGAAACCCUGAGAGGAUGGGAGCUAAGACACUGAACAGACCGAAACCCUGAGAGGAUGGGAGCUAAGACACUGAACAGACCGAAACCCUGAGAGGAUGGGAGCUAAGACACUGAACAGACCGAAACCCUGAGAGGAUGGGAGCUAAGACACUGAACAGACCGAAACCCUGAGAGGAUGGGAGCUAAGACACUGAACAUACCGAAACCCUGAGAGGAUGGGAGCUAAGACACUGAACAGACCGAAACCCUGAGAGGAUGGGAGCUAAGACACUGAACAGACCGAAACCCUGAGAGGAUGGGAGCUAAGACACUGAACAGACCGAAACCCUGAGAGGAUGGGAGCUAAGACACUGAAUAGACCGAAACCCUGAGAGGAUGGGAGCUAAGACACUGAACAGACAAAAACCCUGAGAGGAUGGGAGCUAAGACACUGAACAGACCGAAACCCUGAGAGGAUGGGAGCUAAGACACUGAACAGACCGAAACCCUGAGAGGAUGAAAGCUAAGACACCGAACAGACCGAAACCCUGAGAGGAUGGGAGCUAAGACACCGAACAGACCGAAACCCUGAGAGGAUGGGAGCUAAGACACUGAACAGACCGAAACCCUGAGAGGAUGGGAGCUAAGACACUGAACAGACCGAAACCCUGAGAGGAUGGGAGCUAAGACACUGAACAGACCGAAACCCUGAGAGGAUGAAAGCUAAGACACCGAACAGACCGAAACCCUGAGAGGAUGGGAGCUAAGACACCGAACAGACCGAAACCCUGAGAGGAUGGGAGCUAAGACACCGAACAGACCGAAACCCUGAGAGGAUGGGAGCUAAGACACCGAACAGACCGAAACCCUGAGAGGAUGGGAGCUAAGACACCGAACAGACCGAAACCCUGAGAGGAUGGGAGCUAAGACACCGAACAGACAAAAACCCUGAGAGGAUGGGAGCUAAGACACUGAACAGACAAAAACCCUGAGAGGAUGGGAGCUAAGACACUGAACAGACAAAAACCCUGAGAGGAUGGGAGCUAAGACACUGAACAGACCGAAACUCUGAGCGGAAUACAUGCUAUGCACUGGAUGCAUGGAGGAAGAGAUGCGUAAUUUAUGUUUCCUGUAUUUUCAUCCUUUUCUGUAAAGAAAUAACUCCAUGUUGAACACUGUGGUUACAGUAUUAUUUCUUAAAAUCUCUUGACUUGGUAAUAAAUAUUUCAACACCCUGUA